AGACUCUAUAUUCAUGCUCUCCGGGCUGCAGUUACUGGAAGUCCCUGCAGGAACUCAGUCCGCUCCACACAAUGCCAUUCAUGCCACGGGGCGAGAAGAGAGCCGGGAACACAACUAUGUGGAGAACAUGCAGUGUUUUCUCCCUGUGGAGUCUGAUGUUCCUCACACACAUCUGUGCGCAGUCUCAGCGGAGACCAAUCUUCACAUGCGGGGGAAACAUCACAGGAGAAUCUGGAGUAAUCGGCAGCCAGGGAUACCCAGGAGUUUACCCUCCAAACACCAAGUGUGUGUGGAGGAUCGAAGUGCCUGAGGGGAGGGUGGUGGUCCUGUCUUUUCGCUUCAUCGACCUGGAGAGCGACAACCUGUGCCGCUACGACUUUGUUGAUGUUUACAGCGGCCAUGUGCGCGGGCAGAGACUCGGACGCUUCUGUGGGACCUUCAAACCGGGAGCGCUGGUUUCCACUGGCAACAAGAUGCUCCUGCAGAUGGUCUCGGAUGCAAACACAGCUGGGAGUGGCUUCCUGGCUGUCUUCUCUGCUGCCCACCCACAUGAGAGAGGUGAGCAGUACUGUGGAGGCAGAUUGGACAAACCCACGGGGAGUUUCAAAACACCAAACUGGCCGGAGAAGGAUUACCCAGCUGGAGUCACCUGCGCCUGGCACAUAGUGGCCCCAAAGAACCAGAUUAUUGAAAUCAAGUUUGAGAAGUUUGAUGUGGAGAGAGAUAACUACUGUCGCUACGACCACGUCUCCAUUUUCAACGGGGCGGAAAUCAACGACGCCAAGAGGAUUGGGAAAUACUGCGGAGACAGCCCCCCAGCGCCAGUGUUUUCAGACGGGAACCAGCUGCUCAUCCAGUUCCUAUCCGACCUCAGUCUCACCGCAGACGGCUUCAUCGGACACUAUAAGUUCAGACCAAAGAAAUUCACCACCACCACGAUGCCACCCACCACUACAACGCAGCCAGUCACCACCAGGCCCAUACCUCUGAAGUACUCUGUAGCCCUGUGCCAGCAGAAAUGCAAACGACGAGGAACACUUGAAAGCAAUUACUGCUCCAGCAAUUUUGUGAUAACCGGGACUGUCAUUACGGCGGUGAUGAGAGAAGGAAGUAUGUACGCCACCAUCUCCAUCAUCAACGUGUAUAAAGAAGGCAAUCUGGCCAUCCAGCAGGCGGGAAAGACCAUGAGCACCAAGAUCAUCAUCCUGUGCAAGAAGUGUCCGUUUAUCAGGAGAGGUUUGAACUACGUCUUCAUGGGCGUGGUGGACGAGGACGGCCGCGGGAAAAUCGCCCCUCAGCACUUUGUUAUGGCGUUCAAGACAAAGAACCAGAAAGUGCUCAACGUCCUGAAAAACAAGCGGUGCUGAGUUCCAGUAGCGCCGAGGAUCUCCUCUGCCCGGGGAUGGAAACAAUUAUCUCCAACUUGACAACACAACACGUAAAAUACAUGUGUUUCAUUCAAUUAGGGGCCUUUUAGUUCUGGUAUCCGGCUGAGGGUUGCAUGUUUUAAGGAUAAACCGGAACACAUUAAGUACUUCUAAACUGUCUUCUAUUAAAUAAACCCAUCAGUCUGUUUUACAACAUUUGGCAACAAGAAGUUUCCAUCCCUCUCCACAGCCAAUUCUCACUCCGCCACUCACAUUCCUGUCAUACCCCUAGCAGGGAUUACAGCUAGUAAAAGGAGCCCAGAAUAGGAGAAGUAAAGCAGAUCACAUGUUUUAUAAAUCAAACGUUAAUCAGAUUGUUCCAAAAUGUCAGUUUCUACAUCUGUUCUGACAUCCUAUCCUUUCCAGUUUCCCCUUUAAGCUGUGGGGAGUAAAGUGGGAUUUAUAAUUGAGUAUGCUUUAAACAAAUAUAGUCUUAACACUUCACAAACCUGAUUUAUAUCCAAAGGGGAUUUGUCGUAGUUUCAAUCACACCUGCAGUCAAUAGUCUGUGUUCAUCUGUAAUGGGCACGAAUUUAGGACGUUUUUAAAAGGGGCGAUUAAUAAAAAGUGCAAUAUUUAAUAUAUUUAAAUGAUUCUUUUUUAAAUGCUGGAUUUAUGUGGGACCUUUCCUAGCUAAAGCUCUUUUUCUUUUAAUAUGUUGACGGAUACAAUCAGCAUUAGCUUGUUUUUAAAAAGGCAGUGGAAUGCAAUGAGAAAUAUUUUCAUAUGAAAAAGUCUGUGAAUAUUAUUUAUAUUUUAUUGUUUUCAUCUUCCCAAAUAAAACUCCCUUAAACACGU